CCCGGCCUGCGGCGAGAUGACUGGUCUCGCGAGGCAGGGCACGGUCGAGUCAUUUUCUCACACGCGGCGGCGUAUAGCAGUGACACCGAUACCUGGAUUCCAGUUGCCUCUGAAGCCCCGGGCCUCAAUGAGCUUCUGAGUAGCCAUCAAUACCCAGCACAGCGACUUCUGGAGCAACCAUCGGAGAGUGCGCCAGAGGCCUAUGUCUGGUCGGCCGGACAAGCGAGUUUUAACAGCCAAUAUUUUCCUAGACCCGGCCUCUACCUUGACCAUUCACAUCCGUUCCCCGGUGCCAACGAGAACCAGGGUCAAGACGCUUAGAGCCUUGACCUAAUGCAGCCAGCCGGCUUCUCCACAGUUCCAGCUGCGCUGUUUGGUUUCUCUGUACCACUCGACGAACCCUUGAACGCUUCGGUCCUUCCGACCCAAACCGAUUCUGGCAUUGGCACAGACGCUCUGUGCACCUCGCGUCAAGUCGCUGAUCUUCCGCCGUGCUCUAUAUCAUCAUCAAACGCCAGCACUACCCCCACAAAAUAUCAUUGCCGAUGGCGUGGCUGUUCUAUGCAAUUCGAUCUGCCAAGCCUACUUACAUACGUUCUACCUCAGCCUUACUUCUAUCAUAUUUCUAACAAGCUGCUAGCAAGCACGUCCAUACCCACACGAGCCAAAACAGUGCCCAUUUGCCCCAUUCAACUGCUCUUGGUGGGAACUGCUGCGCAACGCGAACUUGACAGCCACAUCAAAAUUCACCAUGGAUGUAGAGGGAAAGAUAGGUUCAAAUGUAGCUGUGGCAAAGUAUACACUCUGCAAAAGAACUUGGCUCGCCAUCAGGAAAGGCUGCGCAAAGGAUACUGACGAACGAACGGAGAUGUUACCUUCCAGUUAAGCCAAGCCUUUCUUGCUAUCGACAAACAUGCCCGCUCCCACGACGACCGUCGUCGCCUCGGUGGAGAAGCUUCGAGUUUUCCUUUCCUCGAUUUCCCAUCGGAGCACACUGUAUCUAGAUCUCGAAGGGAGGAACCUUAGCCGCAACGGGACGUUCGAUAUUCUCACCGCCCUCGUCCGCCCCACGAAAAAGACAAGUCUCAUCGACGUCCACACCCUCGCCGACACCGCCUUCACCACCGCAAACGGAGCCGACAGGACGCUCAAGGGGAUUCUCGGGGAUCCGGACGUCCCAAAGUACUUCUGGGGCGUGCGCAACGACGCCGACGCGCUCUGGUCGCACCACCGGGUUCGCCUCGCGGGCGUGACCGACGUGCAGCUGCUCGAGAACGCGACGCGGCGGGCCAACAAAACGCGCCUGUGGGGGCUGAACAUGGCCGUUAAGCGUCACCUGAAGCCGCGCCAGGAGGUGCUGGGCCCUGGCUCCAGACCAAGAAGGGCGUCGGUGCCCUCAUGGAUGCUAACGAGGACGUGUUCUCGCGUCGGCCCCUGGCUGCCAGGAUCGUCCGGUACUGCGCCAACGACGUGAAGUGGCUGCCUGGGCUACGCGGACUCUACACCAGGCACAUCAACAGCCAGUUGCUGCAGAAGGUGUGCGUCGAGAGCGCCAGGCGUGUCGACGAGGCCUGCGGCCCGGACUACCGGCCGCGUCCGAGAACAAGAAGCUCACUUUAAUCGUGGGCGUUUGGCACGUUUGAUAGAAGGAUCUGUUGUUAUCGGAAGGACCAUGGAGACACCUUUCGUAGCAUCACAUGCCUAUCACUUACAUCUCCAAAUGAAGAAGUGGCCGGGAUGGUCCGCCAUAGUGCAUCGCAUCGUUCGCUCAACAUGAGACCUCAAAUUAUUCGCAAACAGUUACAUGGAAAUGAGAAUGCUUUCGUGCUAGUCGGA